AUGCUACCACAACGUAUUAUGUUAGCGAUCGGAACAUUUGAUAUCCAAAUGCAAACCCCAUUCCCCGAAUUAUUCGAAACUUUCCAGCAAAUUAUCAUCAGAUUAAGCCAAAUUGGGGUCACUGAGCUAUAUUUGGUUCCACCGAUACCACCACCUCAGGUAAACGCAACCUAUGAUAAUGUUCGUAGAGUGCUCGGGUAUAAUUGGAGGCCUCAUUUUAACGGCGACAUCAACCCACUCGAUGAACCUUUCGACGAACUGCAUCAAUAUCCCGCAAAUUCUGACCGUGACGGAGCGUUUUACCCGCCGCUGAUGUAUACAACAAUUCUAAAUACAAUUCGAAGACAGCUCAUACCGGAAAUCCGCACCAGAAAUACAGCAGCUUCCCAAGAAAAUCAAGAAACUGAUGAGUAUAACUCUGAUGAUGACAGAUCGUGUACAACCGACGGUGAAAACAAAGACCGAGAAGUAGAUGAAUUCAUGAUCGACGCUGGAGCUAAUCACGUAGCGGUAAACAACGAAACCAACCAGCAACCACCGGUUAUUCCUCAACCAACGACAGAAAACAACGAAGAAUCUGCAUCGAACGCAGAAAAUGAUAAAAUCGAAAAUACCACAUCAUCAACGAAUAAAAAAGAAGAUAACGCAUCGACAUCGAAUAAUUCUACUGAGAAACAGACUGCAAAAAUGCCUCCGAUGAGCCAAAUCUUGAACCAGCAGCCGAUACUGAGGGUACCAAGAAUCGGCUUCGUUCCCAGAGCAGAAAGCAUUCCAUUAGGUCCACAUCUGAAACCGAGCGCAUUAAACACCGAAUAUCUAAGAAAAUCGCCUCCGCACCAAUCUCAGGAAGAAUACGACAAAAUAGCGUCGGAAAAACCGAAGAAAUUUUCAACACAGAGAAUCGGAGGUAUAGAAAUCACCGCAGUUCACAAAACACCGGCAAUCGACGCCGCCAAAAGCCUCGAAAGAAUGGAAAAAUACAAAAGAAAUGCGGAAUUGAAGAAGAAAAAGGUCAACGAAGAUAUCGACGAUUUAGUAAAGCGAACGGAAAAACUUUGUAGCGACGACGAUUCGACAGAAACGACAACACGAAACAACGAACAGACCGCUGCUGUACUCGAACUGACCAACCGAAUCUUAGGUUCAAUAACCUCAUCAAAUUCGAACAACGAAGUCGACGAUCGUAAUCAAGCCGACAACGAAAAUUCAAAAAACAACCCGAACAAAGGUGAAGAAAAUAACGAAGAAAAACACGACUAG